AUGUAUGGUAUAGAAGUAUGGUACUGGGACGCAUCAUCCACCUCGCGAACAACGCUUAAUGCCGGGCAGUACAAAGCCUGUAAAAUAAUCGCCGGCAUUCCCAAAGGUAGCCGCACAGAAGAUGCUUUACUUGAGGCCAACUUGCUGCCACUAAGUACGACGGUGCUCACCCGUAGCCUAAAAUAUUUGCUCUUGUGCGAAACGCGAGGCGGGGCUGUGCGUGAGGGCGCCAGAAUGGUUUACUCAGCCGACCACCCCGUAAGACAACUGUAUGCCACCAUCAUGGCGCAAUACCCAGAACUCCAUAUCGAAGCUAGAAUCCCUCCUCUGGCGCCCCUCACGCUGCGGUGGGCAUCCCGGGCCCUGUUUCACACAUCGCUUGAAGGUGUCACCGCGAAGGACCCGGACGAGGUCAAACUUCAAGCAUGCACCAGAUGGAUAGCCCGACGCUUCCGCCGGAAAGGUUCUACGCCACCUGGGCGCCUCCACUAUGAACUAUGGACGGAUGGCUCUGUCGAAAGCUGGCGCAGCAGCCAUGAUUUACCUCAACGGAGAGCCUAUUGCCCAAGCGGAAUCAGGUGCCGGACCAAUAGCGUGUAG